UUCCAGAAGAGAGAGGGUGAAACACACAGGGAAACUCGCGAGGCUCUGUGUAUCUUACCUUCCUGUUAGCACCGGUCUGUGAGCCCCGGGCAGAGGCAGUCCUCCCUGCGGCCCCUGCUGCAGCCUCUCCCGCGCAGAGAGCGGGAUGUGCUGGGUGCUGGAGCGGAGCCCUGAGAGCAGUGGGCUGGGGAUGGAGAGCCGCGGGAAGUUCGCUCUCUACUUCCAGACGACGCUCAGUGCGGAUUAACGGCGCUAUUGCUUUUACUGGAGGGUUGAAUAACUUAUUACAUAUUUUGGCUGUAGAAUUACUGUAGUUCCUUUUGUUUCUGAGCUGAAUGAUGGUUUAAAAAUGCUCUGGCUCACCCCCGGAGUGUUCCUGCUGCCUGGCUGAGCCGCUGCCUCUGGAUCUGUGGUCAUAUCUGGAGUUAUUUACAUUUUAUUGGACUUGACAUUAACAGGACUCAAUACAUCCAGGUCCAAUGACCGUCUAAUGUCCGUGCUGAGUGUGACCAGUCUUGUUGUGACAUGGAAAAAACGCGACUCUACAGCCUGCUUUACUACUUCAUCCUCAAUUCGCCCUUUAUGAUUUGUGCAAAUGCUGCAUUUACUGAAGUCCCUAAAGAUGUGAGUGUGGGGGAGGGAGAGGACGUGGAGAUGCCCUGCGCCUUCAAGGCUGUCAGCGCGGCCCCCAUGUCUCUGGAGAUCCAGUGGUGGUACCUGAAGGAGGACGUGCCUGGAGAUCUGCAUCACGAGCUGCAGAUCAGUGCUCCGGCCCACAGAGCCAAGGUCGUUCCAAGGGAAGCCACAAAAAUAAGUACCGUGCGUGUCCAGGGCAGCGCUAUCUCCCACCGCCUCAGCCUGUCCAAGGUAAAGAAGGAGGAGGAGGGGGUGUACGAGUGCCGCGUGUCGGACCUGUGGGCGGACGAGUCUCAGGACUUUACGGUUCACGCCAUGCUGCACGUGUCGCUGGGGGACGGCAUGGUGGCCGAGGAGGCGGUGUCACACAUCCAGAACCGCUGGCCGCUGAGGAACACCAACACGGCGCUGGGGGGGGGCGCAGGGGGGAGGGCCACCUCGGAGCCUGAACAGGGGCUGGCAGGGGGUCAGAAGGCAGGGCAGGGGAGGCACCGGGUGCCUCAGCAGGCCCAGCCCGGCCUCCUCCCCUCCAUCUCCUCCACCACCACCUCCUCCGUGGCCAAGUCAUCCGCUUCCCCCCUGCAGAGGAACGCAGCCAUCCUCCGCCAGCAGCUGGGAGCGGGCUGCCGUCUGAUGAGCUCCAUGGACCCCCUCUUCUGCAUCUCUCUCCUGUUCCUGCAUAAACUUCUCCCCUUCCUGUUGGCCCACUGAAUAGACUUCAACCAAAAUAAUGUCGACCUGCAACGUUCUCACUUUCUAUACCAAAAACCAAACAGCAACAAACACCAGUCAGAGGGGUGGAAGGGUCACAAUAAAGCAAUGUAUACCGUUGCAACAAAUCACUGCAGGGAGGUGAAGCAGAGCGAAAAGGACUGAGGAGUCGGACAGAGGACACUGAAGGAAGCGCAGCAGAAGGACGCUCCUCAGAGUCCAAACAGACAUGGAAGCUACAUGACUGUCGGCCCAGCAGAGUGUGGAGAGGAGAAAUGUGCUCCUGGUGAAUGAUGGGAGCAUCACCACUGAUCCACACAGCCUCACAUAGAGGCCACAUGCAGCCUGUAUUCUGCACCGCCUCAUACACUCCUUUCUGUUGCAGCAUUUCCAUGAUCACUUCAAUGUGAGUCCUACUGCUGACAUGUGUUAUAUGGAGACAUGUGACUGUUAUUUCUUUAAUCAGCUGAUCAUUUUUCUGUAGCCAUGUGAAGCCUCUUCAUUAUUCUGAACAUCCUCCAGUGUGUCGGUCUGCUGUGUGUUCACCCCCUCCCGCACAAAAACACACUCACUUUUGUUCUCAUCGCUGUGUUCUAAAAUGUGAACAACAAAUAAUAAGUUUAAAUAGCUGAUAUAUUUUGAUUAAGAUAAGUCACAUCUUACCAUUGUUGUUGUUAAUCACCUCUAAUAAUGUUUAUUUUUAUUAAAUAUAUGGUGAUCAAAUUAAGACAUUUCAUUUCUAUGAGACAAAAGGGAUUCAUUGGUGACUUGCCAACAGCCGUUGAGAUGAAGGUAUAUUGUUUUUGUAAUAAAACGUAGAUUUCAAAAGA